AUGGGAUCCAGAGACGACUUAGAAGAGCAGUUCACUUUGAAUACUGACUACUUGCCACCAGGUACAUGUGACUUGGGGACUCAACAACUCAUAGCCAGACUUGCUGCAGAACAUGAGAUUGGUGAUCUGAGAGCCAAUGGUGCUAAUGAUGGAAAGAAGCAAGCAAGGAAAAGAAAGCUCAUCAGUCUUGUCGAUUCAGAAGAAGAAUCUGAUGUUGAAAUCACACUCCCAACGCGAUCGAGCAAGCCUCGCAGACAAACAACUUUUGGAACAUCCACGCGGAAGCCCAUGUUACAAUCCACUCUGGAUGCUGGUAGUGGCUCGUCCGCACGGGCUUGUAGACAGAAGAAUGUUCCUUUGAAAGCCUCGCAGAAGAAGAAGAAGAAGAACAAGAUUCAAGAGGACAUACCGGAGUUUGAUGAUGAUUUGGAAGAAGUUGAGUUGGGCGAGGCUGAAAUCGAUUUGCAAGAAAUAGAGAAUAGGCAAAGAUCAGGCGUGUGGACUGAUUUCAAGGUGGUUGAAAAACCCAGUGGAGAUUUGAAAGCUGUAUGCAAUCAUUUCAAGAAUGAGUAUGCGGUGGUAUUCUCACUCGCAUGGAACAAGUGGGUUGAGGAGUUGGCAGCUAAGACAAUUGUCCAGCAUGAUCUACCAUACUCUUACGUGGAGUAUGAAAGAGUGAGAGAGACAUGGAAGUAUUUGAAUGUUGAUGUCCAAUUCAUCUGUCGAGACACGGCGAAAUCAGAUGUGUAUCAAUUGUAUGAAAGCGAGAGAGAUACACUGAACCGGGAAUUAGCGAGUCUUCCUGGACGAGUCUCCUUCACGUCUGACUUGUGGACGUCACUGAAACGUGAAGGAUACAUGUGUGUGACAGGACAUUACAUUGAUCGGAAUUGGAAGUUGAACAACAAGAUCUUGUCAUUUAGUGCUCUACCACCACCACAUAACGGUAUGAGUGUUACGCUUCACCUUCUUGAUUCGCUGAAAGAGUGGGGUCUCAAGAAGAAGGUGUUCGCUAUCACAUUAGAUAAUGCUACAAGUAAUGACUCGAUGCAAGACAUAGUCAAAUCGCAGCUGUUAUUAAGUGAUGAUUUAUUAUGUGGAGAAGAAUUUUUCUAUGUCAGAUGUGCUGCUCACAUACUUAACCUGAUAGUGCAAGAUUGUUUGAAGGUUAUUGGAGGCACUUUGUACAAAGUAAGAGAGAGUAUUAAGUAUGUGCUAGCAUCAGAAACGCGGGAAGAGUUGUUUGAAAAAUGCGUGAAUGCUGUAGGUAUAACUGAAAACGCGGGUCUGAUCUUGGAUGUGCAGACAAGAUGGAACUCGACUUACUAUAUGCUUGAAAGAGCCAUCAAGUACCGUAAAGAAUUUGUUAAGUUGGAGACAUUUGAUAAGAGAGGAUAUAAAGUGGCGCCUACAACUGAGGAAUGGAUGUUCGCUGAGAAGAUAUGCCAAUUUUUGUGCCCUUUCGCAGAGAUCACAAAACUGAUGUCAGGUUCUAAUUACCCCACCUCAAACUUGUAUUUUUAUCAGGUUUGGUCCAUCCAUGAGUGGCUUCAAAUAAAUGAGUACAACCAUGAUGAGAUUCUCAGAAAAAUGAUGCCACCGAUGAAAGAGAAGUUUGAUAAGUAUUUGGAUGAAGUUAGUUGUGUUUUUGCAAUGGCAGCAGUCUUUGAUCCAUGUUUCAAGCUUUCAAUUGUCGAGUGUUGCUUAGGGAAGCUUGACAUAAGUACACGUGAUGUAAAGUUGAAGAACUUGCGACAGAAGCUGAGUAUUUUGUUCGAGUCUUACGACAAAAAAUCUAAGGCUAACUCACCUUCAACAGAGCCACGUGAGACGGUUCCACAAAAUGUCAGUUCUGCAGGAUCAAUGGGACUGUGUUGGGAACUACCAAUCAACGGUGCUGCUACUGGAAAGACAGCUCUGGAAGCUUAUCUUGAUGAACCUCCUUUGGACAUUGAUAGUUUAGAGAGCUUGGACAUUCUUCAAUUCUGGAAAACUAACACUCAUCGUUAUGGUGAUUUGGCUGCAAUGGCUUGUGAUCUGCUUAGCAUUCCUAUCACAACAGUGGCUUCAGAGUCCUUCUUUAGUAUUGGGUCGCGAGUUCUUAACAAAUGCAGGAGCCGUUUACUCCAAAAAAAUAUGCAAGCUCUUAUAUGCACUAGGAAUUGGAUCAAAGGAUAUGAGGCUUAUGAACAUGAAGAUGAACUCGAUCCUGAAGAGGAGACAUUACCAUCUUUUGACUCCAUUGCCAAUGCUGAAAAUGAUGAUGAAGAAGUUUGA